UUCACGAAGUUUAGCGAGUCGCUUCAGCGAAGUUAUUCCAAACGAUUCGAUUGAAGCAGAAAUAUGUGUCUCAAAUAGUGUUUAAUUGUUGCAAAUCGCAUUAACUUUAGCUUCUUUUAGUUUUCAAAUAUCAAAAAAAAACACAAAACGUUUCUCUCAUUUUGCUGUUUGCGUGCCAAUCAAAAUAUUCCUUGCUUGCUCCUCUGCAUUCCAAAACCCUGUUGUUGUUGUUGUUGCUGUUCCACUUGUUUUUUUGUUUUUGGGUAUUUCGUGCAAGGACGUUUUGCGCUGGGACGCUGUUGACGUUAACCUCGUCCUCGCUUGGCCAAGGCGCAACAAUUAGAACGCGCAUCAAGGCGGACACACAGCAGACGAGAAAAUACCAAAUAAUUAAAAUACCAAAACGUAGUCUAAAAUAAUAUGGAAAGUACGCACAAUGCAUCUGCUGCCUCCGCCGCCGCUGCCGCCACUGAUGACAAUGAUAGCGAUAAUGAUGUGGUCACCGAUUUCCUAAACUCCAACUCCAAUGACGUGUCUGCUGUUGAGCCAAAUCCCACAGCGAUUGCACCUCACCUCACCAAUGGCGCCACGGCUAAAGUUUUAACAACAACAACGCCGCGCGUCACCGUGGAAAGCCAAAAUUAUUGUAUACCCGUUAUUAAUGCACCUGCUGUCGCUGUGCUUCCCACCAAUAACAACAACAACAGUAAUCAGCAGCACAACAGCGUUCUGCACAACAACAGCAGCAGCAACAACAACAACAACAUAAAUAACAACCACAAUAUGAUACCCAUCAUCAAUGUGACGCCCCACAGCCCCGCCUCGGCCAGCAAGUAUAACAACAUCUUCGAGGAUACGCUCAGCCAGCUGCAAAACAUACGCGAAACGGUGCAGCAAAUGAAGAACUCCUCCAGCCAACAUCAUACGGAUGGGUUGGCCAACAAUUAUGGUCUGUUGAGUGCAGCCAUACUCAGCGCAUCGCUGCCCGAUCUUAGCAAUGCGGGCAAUGGCAACGUGGGCGUCAUGUGGUCAGCGGCGCCACAGCAAUGCCUGCUGCUGCACACAGAUCGCCGCAAGUCGUGGACAGCGGUGGACGAUGCCAGUGCGGGCGGCGAUUGCACCAACAAGAGCGUCAGCCUCUCCAGUCUCGACAGCGAGGAGCAGGAAACCAUACGCGUCACCGAGCAGCGACGUCGCUCAGCACGCAACAGCACCGGCGGCAUUUCGACGCACUCACUGAAUGAGGCGGAACUGGCGCGAGAUUUCGAGCGAAUAGCGGCAAAGAGGAGUCUGGCAACGGAGAUAAUCAGUCGGAUACCGUUGCAGAAGAGCAUCUCGACAUCGUCGAUAAUUGCCAAGGAGGACAUCAAGGCGAUUGCCCGUCAUCUCACGGAUAGCGAGGAUGAGAAUCAGAGUCUGUUGCGUUCGCAUGCCAAGAUCGAGGUGUACGAUCACGUAGAGAAGCGACCCAAGCGUGGCUCCCUCUUCUUUCGCAAGAAGAAGCCCAAGGCCAAGACGAAGUCGCUCGUGGGCGGUGUUCAGCUCAACGCCAGCGAAAUGGAGGCGCAUCUCGAGCGCAAGAAGCUAUCGGCGGGCCAGGACUAUUGCGAUGGCUCCGAAGCGGCGGCAGCGUUGCAGCUGCAAAUGGAGCAGGAGGACCAACAGCCGCUGAUACGCGCCGCCGAGCUGCAGUUUCUUAAUGAGCCACCGAUUGAGGCGCAGGAUUUGGGCGCGGACCCGGUACUUGGAAUUGUGCUGCUCGAGCCCGAUUCGUGGACCCCGAAUGUGCCCAAGGAGCAGCUGAAAACGCUCAAGGAGCUGCAGAUCAAGCGGCAGGAGCACAUCUACGAGUUCAUCAUGACCGAGAAGCAUCACUGCCAGACUUUGAUCGUUAUGCGCAAGGUGUUCGUGGAAAGUCUGGAGCGGCAUUUCCCAGCGCUCAACACGCACAGCAUGUUUCCGCGCCUCCAGCAGCUGACGGAGCUGCACACCUGCUUCCUGCGCCAGCUGCGCCAGAAGCAGCGCGAACAUCUCCUGGUGGACAGCAUUGCGGACAUAUUGCUCGAGUUCUUCUCGCUGGAGCAGGCGCAAUGUUUGCGUUUGGCCUACGGCGAAUUCUGUGCCAACCAUCGCAGCGCAUUGGAGCAGUUCAAGCAGUGUCUGGCGGAGCCGAGCUUUGCCGAGUGGUACAAGCACUGCCUGCAGAAUCCCCUGCUCAAAAAGAAGGGCAUACCCGAGUGCAUAUUGUUUGUGACGCAGAGGCUGACCAAAUAUCCGCUGCUGAUCGAACCGCUGCUGAAGAGUGCCCGGGACAAUAAGCUGGAAACGGAUAAGCUGCAGCAUGCCUUGAUUCUGGUUAAAUCGCUGCUGGUCGACGUUGAUGCCUGUGUGGCGGAGAAGGAGCUGCGCGAACGCCAGCUGGAGAUCUAUGCGCGUGUCGAUGCCAAAUCAUUUGCUAUAUACAAAAAUAAACCAUUCCGCAAGACGGAGCUGGGCGUCGAGUCGCGACGUCGCCUCAAAUUUGAUGGCCUGGCAACGCUGAUGCAGGGCAGGGCUAAGACCCAACUGGUGUUGGUCGUGGUGCUCACGGAUUGCCUGUGUUUCCUCAGCGAGAAUUCGGCGCAUAAUAAAUACGCCUUCUUCACGCCGGAGCACAAGGCGGGCGUUGUGCCACUGCAGAAGCUGUUGAUUCGCGAGAAAGCUGGCACCGAAUCCCGAGGCAUUUAUAUCAUUAGCUCUAAUCCAGAUUUCCCCGAGAUGUACGAGCUGAAGGUGCAGACGCCCAAGGAUAAGCAAACCUGGAUACAGAGCAUUAGACAGGCGGUGCUCGAUUGUCCCGCAACGGAUGUAAUUGAGGCGGAGGCGCUGACUGCCGAGGAGAAGCUGCGCAUUGGCGUCAACAAGCGCGAAACCAUCGAGAAGAUGCGGCAAAAGGAUAUCGAACAGGCGCUUCUGCUGGAGGAGAAGCUGCUGCUGCAAUUCAAUCUGCUCAAGCAGCAGCAGCCCUUCGGGGAUCUCAAUACCAAUGCCAAUUCGAAUGGCAGCGCUGCCAAUUUUCUGGCUGCCUUUGGCUCCUACAAGGAACUGGUUAACACGGACUGCGAUACAGCAGAGCUGUGGCGUCGCGUUCUUAACACCGUGCAGGACAUUAGCCAGCUGGCGGCGAGCAUUUACAGCGCCGCCACCGGGCUGCCCGUCUCCCGCACGGUUAGCAGCGUUGGCGAGAAGCAGAGCGUACUCUAUGCCUCGCCCACGCUGCCCAAGCGAGCGGAGACCUUUGCCGGCUUCGAUGAGAAGCGUGGCAAGGUGGGACGCGAUGCCAAGCUCAACACGCUGCAGGCAUUGACGCCCCGUCUGCAGGAGUUGGAGGAGAAGCGUGAGCUGAAAACCCAAACACAAACGCAACCAGCAAUCCCAUCCGCAGAUCCCACACUGCAGCUGCAUGCGAGCACGCUGCCCACGAACAGCAAGGAACAGCAUUAUGCCGUGCUGCAGGUGUCCCAUCAUCUGCACACGCUGCUCUGCAUCAUUUCGCAGCAGAUGACCUGCAUCCAGAGUCUGCAGCUGCAGUUGGCCCUGUACAGGGAGUCGCCACGGAAUAGCAGCAGUGGCGGCGGCGGCGGCACUGGUGCAUACACGCACAAAGAUCAGCUGGAGGAGUUACGCAAUUUGCAGGACAAACUGCAGGAGGAGAAGACCGCCUGGUUGCGUCAGAAGCAGCAGCAGCAGGACGAGCUGGCCGAGAUGCGGGCUCAGCAGCUGCAGCUCCAACAGCAGAUCAAGGCCGAGCAGGAGGAUGUGCGUCAGCAGCGCGAGCAGCUCUAUCGCAAAAUGGAGCUGCUGUCCAGUCAGGGAUUGCUGCUGUCGCCGAGCACACCGCUGCCGACACUGGCACCUGUCGCCCUGCCUGAGGAGGCACACGAACUGGACACGCCAACGGGUGUGACGACAACAUCGACUACCUCCUCCUCGACGAUUGAUCGACGCAAGGAUAAAUGGCUCAGCGGCAACUCCAAUUGCAAAACGCCACCAGUUAAUCUGCUCAGCGCCAACAAUGCACCCAAGGCGAACUCGACGCUCGUCAAACAAAAGCUGCCCAUGAAACUCUCCUCGCUGUCAUCCGGAGCACGCGUCGACAAAUCCGCCAGCUUCACUACUAGCUCCUCUCCAGCCAACAUAGCCGGCGGUGGCAUGCAGCAGAUGUUCCCACUCAAAUUGGCCGACAAGCAGCGGCAAAUGGCCACGCCCACACCGGCUCCAACGCCGCAGCAUUCACGCACCGGCAGCUCGCCGGCCAUUAUACAGCAAACGACAACGCCUGCAACAGCAACAACAACAACAGCAGCUGCCAAUUCAACGCCAAAUGUGGCGCGACAGGAUGUGCACUACGCCGGAUAUGCUGGACAGCAACAGCAGCCACAACAGCAGCAGCGUCUGGUGCAGACGCCCACCAGCAGUCGUCCGAGUGUGCGGACAGCAGCUGCUCCGGGCCAGGCGCCACGUGCCAAAGCCGAGGAGGAGGAGAUCUACUUCUGACGCAAAUUCACGCCAGAGGUCGAAAUUUAAAAAAAAAAACCAUAAAAAAACAUUCCAAUCGCAGCUCAAUAAUAUGUGGUAUCAUUUGCCUAGGUUCUACAAUCGAGUUUACCUCGUAUUUUUCACAAAUUUCGCAUGACAUUUAAGGCUGUUUCGAUUCUCAUCGUUCCCCGUUCCAUUCCUGCAUUCCAUGCGAGUCUAUCAUAGCGUUUGAUUAUCGUUAGAAAUAACGAUUUAAAGCUUAAUUGCUUGAAUAAUUCCUAUUUAGUAGCUUAACUUUUACCAUUUUGUCGCCUUCAUUUGACUGCUUCUUUAAUUCCUUUGCUACCUAUUUGAUUUGGUAGUUCUCUCUUUGUCCUAACGAUCCUUAACUAAAGCAUUACACAUAAGACUGCCAGGGAGAUUUGCAUAGAUAUUCCUAAAAGUAUUUGACUUUUGUUAAGAUUCCCUUGCCAUCUAAAAUACGUAGUUCUGUCUCAAAAUAAACUUCUAAACUUGUGUAUUAUCUUCGUGAAAAGAUAAAUUCUAUUUCAAGUUUUAUAAGUGGACCGCAAUUUAUAGAAAUUUUGGAUUAUGAAAAACGAAACAUGCCUGAAAUAAAUUGAUAUACAAAUUUUUUUUUUAGAUAUCCGUUGUAAACUUGGACAAAUUUUACCACAAUCCAAACAUCUCAAAGCGCGCAGUCUACUCGGUUUGUUGAGUGCUCGUCCAUUAACUUAAGUAAUCCCAAGUCUGUGUUUAUCAAUAAUAUGUACUUAAAGCGUUCCAAUUUCAUUUCUCAGCAUCUCAAAUGCUUGCUUAUGUGCGGGCCCUAAAACGUUAUUAUAAAUUACCUAUAAAUGUUAGACUUCGAAAUCCGUUUUGUGGGGACUUCCAUAAGCUUGUCUAACUCUUUUUUUUUUUUGAAUGUGUUCCAAUGCUUUUAUAACUAUUUAUAAUUAUGAACUGCCCUUCUUUCGUUUCUGUGUUAACAUUUUCAAUCUGUGUAUGUCUUAUUGCAUAUUCAAUAAUCACACUAUUAGCUUAAACUUUAUUGUUCUUAACAUAAACGCAAUUAUUUAUUUUCUCAACUUAAUAUUUAUAAUUAUUUUACAAUGUUUCCUGACUUUUAACAAACUUCCAAAUGCAAUUUAAUGUAUU